GUUGGGGUGUCCAAUGAGUGUCGUCGCUAGACCCCGGUGCGGGGCGGACCCAGCCAAUCGGCAGCGGCGGUGGGCAGGCGCGGGCGGCAGAGGCGGUGCGGCGGAGGCGGAGCGGGCUCUGCGGCAGGAGGGAAGAUGGCGGACGAGGAGAAGCUGCCCCCCGGCUGGGAGAAGCGCAUGAGCCGCAGCUCAGGCCGGGUGUACUACUUCAAUCACAUCACUAACGCCAGCCAGUGGGAGCGGCCGAGUGGCAAUAGCACUGGCGGCGGCAAAAAUGGACAAGGGGAGCCCGCCAGGGUCCGCUGCUCACACCUGCUGGUCAAGCACAGCCAGUCGCGGCGGCCCUCAUCCUGGCGGCAGGAGAAGAUCACCCGGACCAAGGAGGAGGCUCUGGAGCUGAUCAAUGGCUACAUCCAGAAGAUUAAGUCGGGAGAAGAGGACUUUGAAUCUCUGGCCUCACAGUUCAGCGACUGCAGCUCCGCCAAGGCCAGGGGAGACCUGGGUGCCUUCAGCAGAGGUCAGAUGCAGAAGCCGUUUGAAGAUGCCUCCUUUGCACUGCGGACAGGGGAGAUGAGCGGGCCCGUGUUCACGGAUUCUGGCAUCCACAUCAUCCUGCGCACGGAGUGAGGGGCGUGGACGGCCAGGCCCGCCGCACACACACCCCGCCCCCGCCCGGGUGGGUGCGGGGCAGGGUGGCCGGGCGCACAGACGCCGCUCCCUGCUGCCGCUGACCAGCGGGCACCCCUCCCUGCUCGUGUCACACAGUAUUUAUUGAUCCCAAAAUGGCUGGGAGGGGGGCUCUUCACCACCGGGGGCUCCCUGCCAGACUCCCCUCCCCUUUAGGAAUUGACUUCAGAAGGGUGCAGGGUGGAGAGGCUCGCCGGGCUUCCACAUCCAAGGGCUGGGGGUGACCUGUCCCAAAGAGAAGGCCUGGUUAGCUGAGCCGCCCCCUGUGUCCCCCCAGGUCCAGGACGGGGGUGGGGGGGGGCGCGGGCAGGGCCUUGAGUUAUUUCUGGUUUUGCCACCUCCCUCUAUUCAGUUGCAAAAAGCAAACGCUCCGCCUGGGGCCCAGGCUGCCUGCUGCUUGGGGGCCCUCUCUAAGCAGCAGUGCAGCACCUUCCCCAGCCUCCAUUAAACCUGGAACCAGUGUU